GUGACGUCACAGACGGACCCUCCGCGGUGGGGACGCGGCGGCGUUUACUGGGCACCUGGGCUCAAGGCGGGGUCCGUCGCGGGCGCCUGACCUGACAUCGCCAGCUUUGGCCUUGCUCCCCAGACUCCCGGUCCUAAAAAUCCCUCAGGGGCUUCGGAAAGAGGCGGACCCCGGUCCCAAGCCCAGUCCAGGAGCCCCGGAAUUCCGACUUUCCCACCAGGGCCCUGGAGGUCGUCGUCGAGCUGGGAGCAGACGUCUGCUGGGACCUCGCAGGAAGGAGGCCGGCUUGGCUCGCGGUCCUUGGGGACCCACUUUGGGCAGAGCCCACGCAGCGGUGACACCGCACGGGGGGAGAGGUGGCAGCGGGGGCUUCACGUGGCCGAGAGCGGCAACCCCAAGAUCCUCUUCAAAGCAGGCCUGAGACGCGGCAGUGAGGGCUGACACUGUUGAGUUUACCUGCAGCUCCUGGAAAACAGACAGUUAACCCCUCCGUCCUUUUGUGUUCCGGGAAUGGCUGACUGCAAAGGACCGUCCUUUGCUACGGGACAGCUAGGGCUCUCUGUGACCCUUCUACACGGACGAGGCCAGGUCCAGACUCCAGAUUUCUCUCCCUUGUCUUGAACACGCCCAUCGAUCCGAACAAAGUCUCUUAACUUGACUUCACCUGCCUCUAGUUCAGCGUCUUCCCUCCCCAGAGACCCUUGGUUUUGACUCCCUCCUAAGGUUGAGUGAGGAUUCGAAGGCACAAGGAAACACUGGCCCUCUGCUCCGCAGGCUGGUCUCCCACCCCCACUCUGGGUUCCCGCGCCCCUGGUUCCUGCCUCCCUGUGCGGGAAAGCUCCUUUCUGCCCAAACUCUGAGAUGCUCGCAGAUCUCACUGUCAGCGCCAUCUCCCCGCAGCCACCGUGCCCCGCUCCUUACUGGAACCCUCUUUCCGAAAGCCGUCUUUCCUUACCUGGGCCCGAUGUGGUUUUCGUUGGGUAGAAUUUGUCUCCAUGCCCCAGUUCUGGGCCUGGUCAGAACCCGCAGCAGGAGGAAUGACCAAAGAUGUGCCAGAGGGCUCUGUUUCCGUAUGGGAACCACUGGGCGACUUUUACCAGGAGGGACGGAAGACGCUUCUGUUUUUCAGAGGCCCCGGCUGCCGCGUGGCAGUUGUUAGCCCCGUCGGGCAAGCCUGGAGGCUCCCGUUGUCGUCAUUCAGGCAGGAGACGGCCUUGGUCCGACAUGGCGCAGAGGUUGUGCGGAGGAGAUGAGACGCUUCAGCACAGAGUCAAAGCCCUCGGUGGCCUUCAGGGCAAGAUGAACCCAAGGAGCCCCUGUUAUCACAGAGGAAGUGCCGGGGCCCAAGAGAAGAGGUCAAGGUCAAGGUGGAGAAGCUGGGACCUGAUGUGUGUUCCCACAGGUCAUAAGUAACAACGCCUACUCUUGAGCAAGCAGCUUGAGGCCACUGGAGAACAGCCAGCCCAGGAAGAGACUGUGGGGGAUCCGUCCUUGCAAGAAGGAAGCUGUCCCAGGCUUGCAACAGUCACAGAUACCCCCAGGCGUCACCGAGCAGACCACCCCGUUCCCUCAGGAAAUACCAGCCCAGAUGCAGGGAGCUCCCUCAGCGCCUGGAGACAGUGGGGGAAAUGACACACCUGAGCCCACCCGGAGCACCCAUUCCGUGGGCCCAGACACCAACACCUGGAACACAGCACUGAUUCCUCACAGACCUGCUCUUGUUCAAGUCGUUACACUCGCAGGUGUGGCCUUUAGUGUCGCACUGAUCUGUGGGCUCGCGCUUUCCUACGUGAUAUAUCGAUGGGCACAGGCUGAGGAAAAACAGCAACUCGCCUGGCUUUAUGAGAAUGUGAAGCUGCCGGUGUUAGGCGAGGAAGAGGAGGGCCCCGAGGAGGAAGGCCAGGAAGAGUCCACCCACCUGCUUCCAGAGAACGAGAGGGAACUGGACAAAUUCAUUCAGUCAGUUAUUAGAUCGCAAAGAAGAAAACAUAUUGAAAAGAAGAGGUUGAGCAAAGAGCAAAUGUUAGUAAAGGAAGUGAAAAUCAAAGAUUCCGUACACAAUGCACGACUGGGGAGUCCGUGAAAGCGAAUGAAAGAGACGCAGGAGGCGCCAGCAGGUGCCGAGGGGACCGUGGCAGGGACGACAGGUGUCUGCGGAUGGGAGCUUGACUCAGUCCUGGAGACCCUCGUACCCGAGCACCCUGACAGAAGAGAACCAGACCUGGAAACAGAAAAUAAAUUCAUGCGACACAGCAA